AUGCUGCUGUACAGCCGGAAGAAGGUGAGGUACCGACGCGACGGCUACUGUUGGAAGAAGAGAAAGGACGGGAAGACCACCAGGGAGGAUCACAUGAAGCUCAAGGUCCAGGGGACUGAGUGCAUAUACGGUUGCUACGUGCAUUCCGCCAUACUACCCACAUUCCACAGGCGAUGUUACUGGCUGCUGCAGAAUCCAGACAUAGUCCUCGUGCAUUAUCUGAACGUACCCUAUCCAGAUGACAACAAACUAGCGACGGUGGCGCCCAGUCUGGCAUUGUGGGCGGAUAAGAAAGAAUGGACCAAGGAUGAACUGGUCAGCCAACUGAAGCCAAUGUUCUUCAGUGAAGAUGAACCAGACAUCAACAAUGAAUUGGAAAUAUCAGGCAAAAUGUUUCAGACGGCAGAAACGGUGGAAGCAAUUGUAGGUCAGCUCAUGGAGAAACAACGUGCUGCACGAGCUGCAGCAUUGGCACGUCAAUUGGAAUGUGGUUGCCCAGAUUCCACUUGUCAGGAUUCAAGAACAUGCGCUCAUCCAUUGCGACGUAUUCAAGCCGCGAAACCUCCUCCUUCAGACCACCACGUGUCUUCAACAACUGGGCCUUCGCCUAGACCAAUGACGCAACCACCAAGGCAGUAUACCAGAGACCACAGACCAUCACCCCAGUCAGCAUCACCAUUACUUUUAUCCCUUGGACAAAUCCAAGGAGGAGGUGGUCUUCUUAUCCUUAAUGGCACUAGUAAUACAGCUCAACAGCAUUCGUCUUUAGUAUCACCACUAUCAGUGACUUCAUUCGUAUGCGAAGAGCCAAGGGAUAGGUAUAGACAGCAAUACAAACCAACUUUUGUGCUAAAGCGAGAGAUACCUGAUAAUCAGCCUUCAUCAUGUCUUCGCAAUUCAGAUUCUUAUGAAGUAGAAAGUCAUGUGGAGGAAAAAAUAGAGAUAGAAAGUUUUGAUAAGAAAAUUAAAAUAGAACCGAAAAGUAGAAAUCAAAUGAUAGCGAGUGCUCCUGCAACGCCUUCUCGAUAUCCAGAUUUAGUAGAACGCUUAGAAAGUAAAGUUUUGACAGAUAACUGUGAUGAUACGUUAGUAUUACUUGGUACAGAUGGUCAUUUAGGGUCUAGUGGAUUUUUUGAUGAAACUUUGGAAUUGUCACACGAGGAUAUUCAGAAGACCUUAUCAGCUAAUAUGCCUUGUGGCUUAGAUAGAAGUGGUGUUAGAUCGUCAGAAACAGCAAAUGUUAUGGUAUCGGGAAUUGAUACUAUGGACUUUAUAGAAAGUUGUGAAGCAGUAGCGUCACCUACGCAUGUUGUAGAUGAUAAUGUGUUCGUGAAUCUAGAUGCUUUUGAUAUGUUGGGAGAUUUCCCUGAAUUGGAAGUGUUAGACCCAAGCUCUUUAUCAACACAUGUUAUUCAAUCCCACGGCAAAUCACCUCCAGCGGAAGAGAACAACGAAAAAAUGCAAACUGAUAGUAAUGAGGGGGCGCUCAGUAUAACAGACUAUUCACCUGAAUGGGCUUAUCCAGAGGGUGGUGCAAAAGUCUUAAUAGCGGGACCUUGGACUGAGACCUCGGAUCAGUACACAGUAUUGUUUGAUAAUUUUCCGGUGCCGUCCAUAUUGGUACAGAAUGGGCUGUUGAGAUGUUAUUGUCCAGCGCAUGAGGCAGGCUUAGCGGCACUUCAAGUAGCCCGAGGUGGUCGUGUAGUCUCUGACACUGUUGUCUUCGAGUAUAAAGCUGGUCCAACGGCAGUUCCUUCUUCGCCAGCAUCAGCUCCACUGCCUUCUCUAGAUUUUAGACGCUUCACUUUACUGCAGCGAUUGCAAAGAUUACAUGGUCGAUUGCAAAUCAAGAGUGAACCAAUGGAUGAUAACAACCAGAUCGAAGAUGUUCAGCUUUACUCUAAUCCAAAAUUUGAAGAGAGGCUUGUUACUUUUUGCCGAUCACUUAGUUUGCGGUCCACUGGGAUGUCUGAAGGUUUCACUACUGAGCCUGGGGAAGAAGGGUCUACCAUUCUGCACUUAACUGCAGCCUUGGGGUAUACGAAGCUGACUACAGUGCUGUUAAGGUGGAAACAGGAUGAUAGCAGCUUGGCAUUGGAGAAGGAGGUGAACUUGGGAGCGAGAGACAGCGAAAAUUGUACUCCGUUGAUGGUAGCGAGCGCCGCCGGGCACGUGGAGACAGCGGUGGUGUUGGCGCGGUGGAGCGCGGGCACCCGCUGCGAGGCGGGCGCGCGCCACGCCGCCGCCGCCGCGCGCCGCGCCGGACACAGCCACCUGGCGGCGCUCCUCGACAGGAUACAUCCACCGCCGAAAGAUGGCGUCUUCUUGCGGCCGCACAGUUUAUCGCAGAAAGGAAGAGCUGGUAGCCUCGAAAGCAACUUGGUGAAGAGGCCAUCGAUAGAUAGUGGAAUAAAUAUGGCUGAUGCAUUCAGAUCCAGUUCUGCUAUUGAUAAGUCUGAUGGCAGCUCAGCGAGAUGGGAAAGAAGUAUGUCGUUACCGCUCGACUCUGAUACAUCAGAAGACAGUCUCGGUGAUUCAAAGAUCGGACGUCGAAUGGACUUGGCUCUCUGCGAGACCGCGUGGCGGCGCGCCCCCAGCCCGCUCAUAGACGUGGAGGCGCUCUCUGACACGUCGCCCGCCGCCAGCCCGCCCCCGCCGCCCCGCAAAGGGGAACAGGAUGACCGUGUGUUUACGCUUGCGGAGCAGAUUAUAGCUGCCAUGCCAGAACGGAUAAAGAACGAAAGUUCAUCGUUGCUAUCGGGUUGCGGGCUGGAUGGCAGCUCCGGCGGCGGCGAGGACACCCUCAUGGUGCCACUCCUCGACGACACUACCACCUUCAACACUGAAUUCAGUUUCGAGUUCUGCGAUAAUACGUACAGGUACUGUGGUGGAUCGACUCCGUGCUCGUCAGGGUCAGUAUCUCCAGGCUCAGCGCUGUCGCCGCCGCCGCCGUCGCCGCGUCCCGCCAUCUCAGCACCGCCAUCUGCGACAUUGCAAGAAUUCCUUAAUGCCACUAACCAUUUUUCCAGUCUUACUUUAAAUGACCGUGAACAACGCGAGCUGUAUUCAGCGGCGAUCACGAUCCAGAAAGCGUAUCGGCAGUACCGCGGGCGGCAGUUGCAGCGGAGGGCUGCUGCCGCCGCCAUCACCAUACAGAAUUGCUAUCGGCGGUAUAAACAGUUCGCAUACUUGAAGCAAAUGCAUGCGGCAGCGACGGUGAUCCAGCGCGGCUACCGUUCUAUGCGAGCGCGUCGUAUGUGCAAUACGCCUAUCAAGAGGACGUAUUCUCAAAGGCGGCAAAACCAAGCAGCGAGGAAAAUCCAACAGUUUAUGAGGCAGUCCAAGAUCAAGUUGCAGAACGCGCGAGCCGAAAACGUGAGGGUGGUCCGGCGGUCGCCGGCUGCCCACCAAAACUCGUGGCAGCACAUCACCAAUACACCUCCCACGCACAAUAGGAUCGUCGAUUAUCUGGCGCCUCGAUCACCCAUGAAUGCCGACGAAGACUUACUCCUCGAACUACUGUUCAAAAUGUGA